GGUCAGGUCGGCUGCUGGGGUCCCGCGGGCGGAAGUGAGAAGGGCAGCGGGGGAGGAGGCUGCUGGCUGGGGGCUGGAAUUCCCUUCCCGCCUGGCGCCGCCUGAGAGAGCCCGCGCGAGGACGCCCGGCGCGCUCCGCCGGCCCUUUUUUGGCGCUGAGGGAAAAGAGAAGGGCAGGGCCGCCGCCUCGCGGGAGCGGGCCCCGGGAGGAGUGGCCGCUGGAGAGGCCGGGCGAGCGCAGGCGGCCCUCACCUCGCCGCUCCUCCCGGGCCGCCAUCCCUCGGCGCCUCGCCCGGAACCGGCGCGCGCGUGGGGGCGGGGAGGCCGGCGCGCAGAUCUGGCGGUGAGCGCAGCUGCCCCGGGGCCCCCAGCCAUGUCGGCCGAGGAGAUGGUGCAGAUCCGCCUGGAGGACCGCUGCUACCCGGUGAGCAAGAGGAAGCUCAUCGAGCAGAGCGACUACUUCCGCGCCCUCUACCGCUCCGGCAUGCGCGAGGCCCUGAGCCAGGAGGCCGGCGGCCCGGAGGUGCAGCAGCUGCGCGGCCUCAGCGCGCCGGGCCUGCGGCUGGUGCUGGACUUCAUCAACGCCGGCGGGGCCCGCGAAGGCUGGCUCCUGGGCCCGCGCGGGGAAAAGGGCGGCGGGGUGGACGAGGACGAGGAGAUGGAUGAGGUGAGCCUGCUGUCCGAGCUGGUGGAGGCGGCCUCCUUCCUGCAGGUCACGUCCCUGCUGCAGCUGCUGCUGUCCCAGGUGCGGCUCAAUAACUGCCUGGAGAUGUACCGCCUGGCGCAGGUGUACGGGCUGCCCGACCUGCAGGAGGCCUGCCUGCGCUUCAUGGUCGUCCACUUCCACGAGGUGCUGUGCAAGCCCCAGUUCCACCUCCUGGGAUCUCCUCCCCAAGCUCCAGGGGAUGUCAGCCUGAAGCAGAGGCUGAGGGAGGCCCGGAUGACUGGGACUCCUGUCCUCGUGGCCCUCGGGGACUUCCUGGGGGGACCCCUGGCCCCUCACCCCUACCAGGGGGAGCCCCCGUCCAUGCUCAGGUACGAGGAGAUGACUGAGCGUUGGUUCCCGCUGGCCAACAACCUUCCUCCCGACCUGGUCAAUGUCAGGGGCUAUGGGUCUGCCAUCCUGGACAACUACCUCUUCAUAGUGGGCGGGUACAGGAUCACUAGCCAGGAGAUCUCCGCUGCGCAUUCCUACAACCCCAGCACCAAUGAGUGGCUCCAGGUGGCCUCCAUGAACCAGAAGAGGUCUAACUUCAAACUUGUGGCUGUUAAUUCAAAACUCUAUGCCAUCGGAGGGCAGGCCGUUUCUAACGUUGAGUGUUACAACCCGGAGCAGGAUGCGUGGAAUUUUGUGGCGCCCUUACCCAAUCCUCUGGCUGAGUUCUCUGCCUGUGAGUGUAAGGGAAAAAUUUAUGUCAUUGGAGGAUACACUACCAGAGACCGGAACAUGAACAUUUUGCAGUACUGCCCCUCUUCCGACAUCUGGACGCUCUUUGAAACAUGUGAUGUCCACAUUCGCAAGCAGCAGAUGGUGUCUGUGGAAGAGACCAUCUACAUCGUGGGUGGGUGUCUCCACGAGCUGGGGCCGAACCGCAGGAGCAGCCAGAGCGAGGACAUGCUCACCGUGCAGUCCUACAACACCGUAACCCGCCAGUGGCUCUACCUCAAGGAGAACACGUCCAAAUCGGGGCUUAACUUGACUUGUGCGCUCCACAACGACGGUAUCUACAUCAUGAGCAGAGACGUCACCCUGUCGACCAGCUUGGAACACCGAGUGUUCCUCAAGUACAACAUCUUUUCAGAUAGUUGGGAAGCAUUUAGGCGUUUUCCAGCUUUUGGACAUAACUUGCUGGUUUCUUCUCUUUAUCUGCCCAAUAAAGCAGAAACAUGACUGAAUUGAAUUAGUAGAUGAAAAGAAACCUGGUUCAAGAUUUUUUAAAAAAUGUGGUGUCCCAUUCCAAGGGAGACCGAUUCCUAAAGGGUAAAGAAGGGUUAAACUAGGUCACAUAUAUACAGUAGCAGCUGUACAUAAGCUUACUUGAACUUAAUUACUUGAAAACUGGUGGAAAGAAGAGACCAACUUUGUUAUUUUUUAAAUUAUUGAUUUUUAAAUUAUGGGAGCAAAUCCAUCUCCAAACAUGAUACUCUUGGGCCAAUGAGGGAUCAUCAAAAUGUAGAUUCAUUGUGUCUGUGUGGUAAAGGGCCAAAGUCAAUAAUUGGAACAAAUGGUAAAGAUGAUUUUAAAAUCUGUUGUAUUCCCUUGACAUAUCAUUGGCACCUUAAGUGAGAGGUUUUCUUUUUCUUAUCAAUGUACUUGACAAGCAUUCAUAUUAACAUAUUCAUUCUCUCUUCUCCAUCACCCAUACCCACACAUACAUCUAGUAUGUUUAAAAUAGGGUUCUGUGUUCAGAUAUUUUGUUUGCACACUACUUUUUAGGAAACUUACGAUGAUGGAGCCCUACAGUGAAUCCUUACGAGUGUUCAGUUCUCCCCAAAACUUGCAUAAAAAUAUUCUUAGCUAUUUUUCCAGCCUUUUUUGCAGUUACAAAUGCUGGAUAAAUAGACUGAUAUAACCUCUUAUUUAUGUGGCAGAUUGCAUGUUUAUGUGGACACAUAGGUUGCACUGCUAGGCAUUCUGCAUUGUUGUAAAGAGGAUAUAUUAUUUAGAAAAAUGGAUAUAUGAAUAUUUUUAAAAAUUGAGUCUAAAAUUUAAAUGGGAAGGGAAGAAAACACCAAAUAAGAAAAAAAUUUGCCUUUAAGAGUUACUUUUGUUGAAUGUAUUUGACUUAGUUCUUAUUUUAAGGCUAAAAAAACUUUGUCAUAUUUAAGUCGGCAGCUUUCUAAUUUAAUCUUAGCUUUGUAAUUCAUGUUUUGCUUUUGUGGACUAAGGUAAGGACAGCAUUUAAAUACUUGUGCUGGAGUGAGGGGAAGAAGCUGUUGCAGAAGUGGAAUGGUUUCUGGUGGUAUUUCUGAAGUUAGGUAAAGUGCUUUACUUGCCUUGGUGGUUAAUUGAAAUAGAAUUCAGCUCAAGCAGUUGUUUUCACUGAGUGAGUUAACAAUAAAAGCUUCUGCCAAUCAUAGAUCAACAUUCCUCAAAAAUAUAUAUACUCAUACUUACGGAAAUUUUAUUUUGAUUGAAAACACUGAAAUUAUCUGAUAUUUUGUAAUGGAAUCAGUUAAACUGUGAGCCGGAUUCCAUCUUCUGCAGUAACAGCGGGCAGAAGCCUUUCAGAUAGCAUGUGCCUCACUUUAAGAAAGUCCUGUGGGGGAAAAAAAAAACUGUCAGAGCAAAUUCAUGCAUUCGACAAACACUUAUGAGUGCCUGGAGUAUGCCGUCCACUGUGCAGAUGUAGGACAGGGGCUAAUCACUUAGAGUUCUUCAGUUUAUUAGAGGAGUCACUACAGGGUUUCUUUACAACCAUGGCCUCUAGUAUACUUAAAAUAAGGGUCCAGUUAUAAAAAGCCUAUUUGCACAACUUUUUGGGAAUACUUCUAUUAACUAAAAUGACGUAAGCCAUUAUUUUGGACAUAGAAACAUCUUCGUAUCUUGUCACCAAAUAAUCUUACCUCUAGUCUACUUACAACUUUGUAAGGGUUUCUAAGCUGUGCCCAUUUAUUCCCAAAUAUUAAGCCCUUAAAAAAAUAAAGCCUCUGAACCAAAAUCUUCCCAGGAAUAGUACUUAAUAGAUUUUAAUGUUAAUUUAUAUUCAUUAUAGAAUUGAAUUUCCAGUGACCUGUAAUUUCAUUACAUAUAUUUUAAAAUCUAUUUAUUUUAGAUGGUGUUAAGUUUUUGUUGCUGAAGAGCUUAACUUUUUAAAGGCUUAGUCCUAUACAUUUAGAAGUUGAAUUAGUACUGGACAAACAGUUGGAGAUUAGUUUGCAAAUAAGCACAUCAUAUCAAAUACAAUAUUCCAGCCAACCAGUUAAUUCUCUUCCUGGCUACAUUCACUGGGUCUAUUUGCCUAAUAUUGACAAUUAGAUUCUUGGACCAAGUGGAGGUGUACUCUGAUCCACAAAGCUCUUUUAUAAGCCAGGUUUGGGGUGUGUGUGUGUGUGUGUAUGUGCGUGUAUGUUUGCAUAUUAUAGCUCUCUUUAAGACAGACGUCUAACAAGAUUGUGUUAUUCUGGGCUGCCAGGAGUACUUAGGAAAGGUGGAAUGUGCAAUAGGAACAGAUCUGUGCAUUUUGUGACAUCGUCCUUCCUGCUGUGCACAUCAGCUGUAUUGACAUUUUGAGGGUAGUUUUAAUUUAGCUCUGUUCUCUUACUGGUGCCAGUAUUACACUGAAGAUUACCUAUGAUAGAGGCAAUGUUGCUUUGAAAAUCUCCCUUCAGGUGGAGGUUGCAGUGAGCCAAGAUCGUGCCAUUGCACUCCAGCCUGGGCGACAGUGCAAGACUGUCUCCAAAAAAAAAAAAAAGAAAAAAGAAAAUCCCCUUUCAUCCCCCAGGACUGUCCUUCACUCUUUGAUAGUAUCUCUCUAUUUUCUUCCCAAUUCUCUAAAUGCUUUAUCAUUUUUUCCUGGGAUGCUUCUGAGGGAUGCUGACCUCUCGCUAUGGGGAAAAGCGUUGCUUGGAGGACCUGGGGUGGCAGCCCCCCGACCAGAAGCACCCUAUUUUAUAGAGAGCAGUCUGAAUGGUAGUCCUGUGUGUGGGUUGUUAGAAGAUUGGUUCUUCCUGUUAUUCUCUCUGGCUUUCCUUUCAACCCCCUUAUUUUCAGAGUCAUCUCCCCUUAGCAUCCUUUAAAAGGUUUUCUGAUGAAUGUGUAAAAGAGUUGAUUAUUUCGACAGUAUUGGUUAAGUCACAAUGACGAAGUGCUGAGAAGGUUAUGGGUACCAGGAAGAAAUAAACAGAAGUCUUAAGAUUAGAAUGAGAACCAAAGAGAAUUUAACCCUGCCAUUUUUUUUUAACACCAAGAUCCUAAGUAAUUCCAAAUGCCUUAGCUAUCAAUGAAAGCUACACACCAUUGAGAUGGGCAAAAUUCUUUCUCUACAAAGGGAGUAAUCAAGUAAAUACCUGUUCUCUUUCAAUGGACUGUUGCUUAUUGAGCAUUGUGGAUGGUGUGUUUUCAGAUUUCCAGGUGAAGUUCUGACCCUACCUGUUUGGCCAAAGACGUAAAUUGAGAGGAAAGGCCUUGGUCUUCCUGAUGAACCAGCAUUUAACGAACAGUGGCUUAAUGCAGAUCACUCAAGAGGCAGCAUAGCAAUGUAAAAGGAAUAUAAAUAGGUGUUGGAUGCCUUUUUCUUAGACCAGGAAUGGGGAAUACAUAACACCUGUGCUACCGCUCUUUUAAGGAGGCAUUAUGAAUGAGUGCAGCAUUCCUGUCCUCUGUGCCAGGAUUUGGUCUUAGAAUCUAUGUCAGAUUGGCGCUUCCAGACACCUAUUCCCAAUCCAUCAGAGUGAAAUGAAGGCUAUUUGCCAUCCCUGCCUUAGACAGAGGAGUGAAGGAAUUAAGUGGGUAGACACCAACCAAAAUGACUUUGAAAGCAGUGAGCUGAUUGAGCUCCAGUUCUGUGGUUACCAGAAAUACUGAGUGUCUGUCAUGUGCAAGACAAUGCUAAGAACUGAGAAUACAGACAUAAAUAAGUCACGGCCCAUGACCUUGAAGACCUUACGGCCUUAUAAAGAGGUUCACUGUAAUUGUCUUCACCGGGGCGCCCUUCUCAAAGAUGCCCACUUUUGUCUGGCACAUUGGAGCUCGGUGGUCUGGUGGUCCCUUCAGUCUUGGCCCUAUCUGUCCUUUGUUUUUGUGAUUUACCAACAAUCAUCACGAACCAGUUUUGUUUUUUUGAAUUUGAACAUCACAUCUUGUGUUUUAGUUUUUUGCUCGAUGAUUUUUUCUCACUGCUUUUCAGUCUUCUCUGUACUUCAUUUUUGUGAAAAAAUGAAAAUCACAUAUAAUCUGCUUUAUUUAAAAAUGCUCACUAAGCACUGCAGACUUUGGAGUUAGGGGCUCAGCAGCUUGUUCCAGUGAAAAGGAGGAGUGAAGCUAGGGAAGUUAGUAUCUAAGAGGGGCCAGCUGAUUGCGUGUGCAUUUAUACCUAGGCCUUUAAAACAUUCCCAUAAAAAGUAUUAAUAAAGAAAUUUCCGUUCCACACUAGUACUGAUGAAAGGGCGAUUGAUUUUGCCUUGUGAUAAUUAUCAAAGGAUAGUUAUUCAUUCUUAGAUUUUAUUCACAUAAGAGGUUUUUUUUUAUUUUCUCUGUUAACUUAGGAACACAUAAAUUCACACCAACUGACACGUUGCUGACAUCUGCACUUGACCAUUUUUAUUCCUACAGGAAGCAUUAAAUAUAAAAGAUGGUCAAUUUUGAAGAGCAAAGGGUGCUGAAAUGACUUGUACGGUUGGCUGGUGCUUUCUCAAAUGGAUUGCCAUAGUUCUUCACUAGUAAAGAAAAGGACAAUGUGAUUUACAUUAUUGUCAUUUUUUCUAUUAAAAAAAAACCCUUAAGAAUGGGGCACUUUAGCUCUCCCUGCCGUGUUUUCAUAUCUAGUAGUCAUUUUAGGGAAAGUGAUAAUCUGUAGAAUGAAUAGUUAUGUUUUGAUAUGACAUACUUUCUUUGUUAAAAGGUUGUAUUAAGUCUUCAAUUUCAAGUGUAGCUUAAAAGUGUAAACAUUAUGUGAUUCAUUUGAAUACAAGAAUGCCUAUGAAGUACUCACUAUAACAGCAUUCCUUUUGUGUUUAGAACUAUAGAAGAAAAUGUCUUCAAAUAAAGUAGUUCUCAGUCA